UAGUAGUAGGAGUAGUAGUAGAAGUAAUAGCAGUAUUAUUAUUCAUGACUGAGAGAGUCUUAUUUAUAAAUUGCUCCUCCACUGCGUCGGAGGAGACUGGAAUUGCACGUCUGUCUACCUGUAGGUUUCCUCCCUUCUAUCCCUUCCUUCUCGUUUUGUAUUUUUUUGUACUUUUGUUGGUGGUGUUGUUGCGUCGGCCUUGAGAGGUGCUGGGGUGGUGGAGGGCAUCACAGCCAAUUGCGGCCAGAGGCUGUGGAGGGGUUAUUUGGCUGCCGAGGGCGUCGCAAUUCACAUGGAGCAUUGGUGUUUCUGAAUUAGGCGGGUUUUCCCUUUCGCCGACAUUUCGGAACGUUCUUGCGACGUUGGUGGCUUGUUCACCGGAACUUUCCGCUUUUUCCGUAGGGUUUUGUAUGGGUUCCAGAUUUUGAGAUCCAAAGGGAAGAUCUAUUAGUUGGUUGGGUUUAUUGACUUCUAUGUUAGCUGAAAAGGUGCCGUGACGACGAAGGGAGUUGGUACGGAACCUCAAACCUUCCAGAGGAGGCUAAGGAAAGAGACAAGGGAAUACGAAUCGCGUCACAAUGUCUGCGGCGGUGAUACGGAAGCGGUCCCAUUUUGAGGAGCAGCAGAACUCUCCUCCUCGGAGCAAGCGCUUCCGUCAUGCAACCAGUGGAUCACCAGUCAGGUCCCCUAGUCAUGGAGAAAGAGUGUCACUUGCAAGUGAAGCUGAUGGCGCAACGUCAUCAUCGAAUCAUGGUGACAUGGAUUCUUCAGGUCAUGCGUCCUCUCCCGUCCAAUCCGAGAUGGACGCAUGGUUGGAACAUUUGGUGAAGGAGAUGCUUGCUGCGAGAGACAUCAAUGAUGCACAUGUGAGAGGGAAGUAUGCCCUAGAAGCAGUCGAGAAGGCUGUCUCAACUCGUUCUGCGGCCGCAAUGGAAGUAUUACAAAAAGAAAAUGCCGAGCUGAAAGAGAAGAUGCAGGUCAUGAUUCGUGAAGGACAUAUCUUGAAACGGGCUGUCGCUAUUCAACACGAACGACAGCAAGAGCAUGAGGGGCGGACUCGGGAGUUGCAACAGGCGAAGCAAGUACUUGGGCAGUACCAGGAGCAAGUACGAUCCUUGGAAUUGAAUAAUUACACCUUGAGGAUGCACCUGCGCAUGGCUCAGGAUGCUAGCUCGAUGCCUGGGCGCUUUCAUCCGGAUGUUUACUAGAUUGGAACUCUCUGUUGCAAUCCGUUCCUGUUGACUCUUAUGAAUGAAGAGAUAAUCAUCAUUAGCCAUAAUUCAGUUUAUGACAGCAGUUACUGAGUUGGUUUGGUGGAGACUGGGGUUGGCGAUUUGUUGAAGACUAUCUGCUUCGUAGUCACAUUCAAGUGAUAUUGGUGUUUUACGUCAAAGCAGACGCUCCGUGGAGUUGUUGGGUAACACAUAUGGGGUAUGGUAGUCAUUGAGUAGAUGAGAGGAUGGUGUGCACAAUUUAUGCUCACAACUCUAAGGUUAGAUCUCAAGUUUCUAAGCGUAUCCUAAAUUAAUUUGGGUAUAUAUGUCAAGUUGGAUUGACUGCGCAUAACACAUCUAUAAGACAUUGAUUGCUCAUUGCAGUGGAGGAGAUUCAAAUUGGACUCAGUUGGUAGUAGUGUGGAGAUGUUUCUCUUCGCCGGCUUGAGGAGAACUGUUGGUUGCAGAAUCAGAAUUACUUAAUAGCAAUGGUCUGAGCUCGUGCUUAAUUCAUGCAGAUUGCCGCGUGUUCCAGAUUUUUAAAUGUAGGAAUGCUGGAGGUGAAGUUGGCUUUCAUGUCCUAAGUGUAAAAGAUGGAGUAAACUGUGCUUCCUGCCCCAGUAGUAUCAACUUGGAAGGAUUACGUAGAAAACUGUAGGUAUUACAAUACAGUAAAGACAACAUCUGUUUCAGUCGUGGCGCCAGGUAUAUGGACGGCGAUCUUUCCGCUGAAAUUGGCUUCAAAGAUGGACUGAAGCUUAGUUUUUCUUCUUGGAUUCGAAUUUUCUAUCCCAAGUAGCAAUUGGAAGUGUUGUAGCCUAUAUUUAUCGAUUAUGUAAGUACAUAAUUUGUGCACUGGUGAUUUAUGACUAUACGAUAAAAAGUGAAA